UCCACUUCGACGUUUGGGAACAAUAACGUGACGUUUUUCUGAAUCGCAAAAAGUAGACACAAACCCGCCUAUAAGUCUUUGACCUUUCAUAAAUUACACAUGCCAGAAUUUAGAAAUGCUUGAAAUCAUUUCCCUUAUGGUAGGAAAAUGUGGCCUCCAAAUUGGAUCCAAGUUUUUGGAAACUAUCUGUAGGGAACACGGCGUUGAUAAAACUGGCACAUACUGCGGCAAGUCGGAUGUUCAGCUCGAUGGAAUCAGUGUCUACUUUAGUGAAGACGGCGGUGGUAAAUAUAUUCAUCGAGCCAUUCUUGCCGAUCUGGACCCGCCCAUCUUGGAUUCGAUUACGUCAGGACCAUUUAGUGAACUGUAUUGGCCAGACGGCUGCGUGAGCGGCCAAGCGAGCUCCGGAAACAACUUCGCCAAGGGAUACUACUCCGAAGGUUACAUGAUUUGCGACGCGAUUCUUGAUGCGACGCGGAAAGAGGCGGAACGUUGCGACUGUCUUCAGGGAUUCCAAAUAGCGCACUCGAUAGGUGGCGGCACUGGUUCCGGUUUGGGUUGUCUGCUACUCAGUAAGCUCCGGGAUGAAUACCAAGACAGGAUCAUCAACUCCAUUUCAGUUUUUCCAUCGCCAAAGGUAUCAGAGAUAGCAGUUGAGCCCUACAAUGCUAUGUUUGCCCUUGCCCAGCUGAUAAAAAAUACGGAUGAAACGAACUGCUUUGAUAACGAAGCUUUGUACGACAUCUGUUUUCGCACCCUGAAGCUCACCACCCCAACCUACGGUGACUUGAACCAUCUGGUGUCUGCUACCAUGUCCGGUGUCACAACCUGUCUCAGAUUCCCUGGUCAAGUGAACGCAGAUCUUCGCAAACUAGCAAUGAACAUGGUUCCAUUCCCACGUCUCCACUUUUUCAUACCAGGUUUUGCCCCUCUACCCCCCAUUGCAGACCAGGAGUAUGGUGAAUUUACUGUCCAUAAGAUCAUCCACCAGUUGUUUGAUGCCAAAAACAUGAUUGCUGCCUGUGAUCCACGUCAUGGCCAAUAUUUAUCCUGUGCUGCCAUCUUCCGUGGCAACGCGUCAAUGAGGGAGGUGGAUUAUACAAUGAUCGACUGCCAGGAUAGGCACAGCGAGUACUUUGUAGAAUGGGUCCCUGACAAUGUGAAGACAGCGUACUGUGAUAUUCCGCAGCAUGGCCUCAAGAUGUCUGCAACAUACCUGGCUAACAAUACAGCUAUCCAGGAACUUCAUCGACGAAUCUUCGAGGAGUUCAGCGUGCUGUUCAGGAGAAAGGAAUUCCUCCAUUGGUACACUGAUGAGGGCAUGGAUGUGAUGGAGUUCAGUGAAGCAGAGACUGACAUAAAUGAUUUGAUCUCUGAGUACCAGCAGUACCAUGAUGUCACUAUGGAUGACGUGGUUCAACACUAUCGGACUUCUGAAAGGAAACCUUUCCCGUGUCCGAUGGAGUCAGAGUCAGCAUCCGAUAUGAACCAAUUGGCAGCUGAAUACCAGCAGCAUCAAGAUGAUAUCAUUGCUGAUGCUGCUAACAAUAUUCGUCCCCCAUCUCCAGUCACCUCAUCUCAAGUCGCCAAGUCUUUGGACAACGUGUGUCCAAACUGCGGGGCCAUUAUCAGUAAUAAGACUCGGUCUCCUAUUAACCAACACCCAGACAUCCCGCCUCCAGACACCCCGUCUCCGGUCACCAAGUCUCCAGACACUUCAUCUCCAGUCACCUCAUCUCCACUUACCAAGUCUCCAGUCACCUCAUCUCCAGUCACCAAGUCUCCAGACACCCCAUCUCCAGUCACCUCAUCUCCAGACACUAAGUCUCCAGACACCCCAUCUCCAAUCACCUCAUCUCCAGAUACCAAACAUCCAGACAUCCCAUCUCCAGUCACCUCAUCUCCAGACACCAAGUCUCCAGACACCAAGUCUCCAGAAACCCCAUCUCCAGUCACCUCAUCUCCAGAUACCAAUCAUCCAGACACCCUAUCUCCAGUCACCUCAUCUCCAGACACCAAGCCUCCAAACACCCCAUCUCCAGUCACUUCAUCUCCAGACACUAAGUCUCCAGACACCAAGUCUCCAGAUACCAAACAUCCAGACAUCUCGUCUCCAACCACCUCAUCUCCAGACACCAAGUCUCCAGACACCCCAUCUCCAGUCACUUCAUCUCCAGACACUAAGUCUCCAGACACCAAGUCUCCAGAUACCAAACAUCCAGACAUCUCGUCUCCAACCACCUCAUCUCCAGACACCAAGUCUUCAGACACCCCAUCUCCAGUCACUUCAUCUCCAGACACCGAGCCUCCAGACACCAAGUCUCUAGACACUUCAUCUCCAGACACCAAAUCUCCAGACACCCCAUCUCCAGACACCCCAUCUCCAGUCACUUCAUCUCCAGACACCAAGUCUCCAGACACCCCAUCUCCAUACACACCAUCUCCAGUCACUUCAUCUCCAGACACCAAGUCUCCAGACACCCCAUCUCCAGACACCCCAUCUCCAGUCACUUCAUCUCCAGACACCAAGUCUCCAGACACCAAGUCUCCAGACACUCCAUCUCCAGUCACCUCAUCUCCAGACACCAAGCCUCCAGACACCCCAUCUCCAGAUACCAAGUCUCCAGACACCAAGUCUCCAGACACCCCAUCUCCAGUCACCUCAUCUCCAGACACCAAGCCUCCAGACACUCCAUCUCCAGUCACUUCAUUUCCAGACACUAAGUCUCCAGACACCAAGUCUCCAGACACCCUAUCUCCAGUCACCUCAUCUCCAGACACCAAUCCUCCAGACACCCCAUCUCCAGUCACCUCAACUCCAGAUACCAAGUCUCCAGACACCCCGUCUCCAGUCACCGAGUCUUCAGACACCCCAUCUCCUGUCACCCCAUCUCCCGACACCAAACAUCCAGUCACCCCAUCUCCCGACACCAAGUCUCCAGUUACCCCAUCUCCCGGCACCAAGUCUCCAGUCACCCCAUCUCCCAACACCAAGUCUCCAGUCACCCCAUCUCCCGGCACCAAGUCUCCAGUCAGCAAGUCUCCAGACUUCGUAUCUCCAGACAACAAGUCUUCGCACAUCACGUGUCCAAACUGUGGGACCAUAAUCAAUAUUAAGACCGAGAUUCCAGAUACCUCAUUCCCAGUCACCUCAUCUCCAAACUCCAAGCCUCCAGUCACCCCAUGUCCAGUCAAAAAGCCUCCAGACCCUCCAUCGAAAUGCAGGCGAUGUGAGGGGAAUUGGAACCAUUAUAGUAUGAACAUCAAACGCAAAACAUAGUGCUUAUUUAUUUAGCUUGGGCAGCAAGUCUUUGACCAGCCCGUGUCAGGGCGAUAUCAGGUCAACUGGGCCAAUAUUAGGACCAACACCAAGCGCAAAAAAUAGCGUUUAUUUAUUAUAUAAAAAACACCCAAAGUUCAAUGCAUGUUAAUGCACGUCAGAGAUUAACAUAUUGUAUGUAUGUAUGUAUGUAUGUAUGUAUGUAUGUAUGUAUUGAUGUAUGUAUUGAUGUAUGAAUAUCUAUAUAUUGUAUGUAUGUCGAGGUUGACUGUUACAUACAUAGAUAUUAACGCACUGGC